AUGUGUCUAAGAAAUAAAACAGAAAGCAACAACACAGGCACAUCCCACUGGCUCGAUCCCAGGUUAGCGAGAGUACGUAAACAUUCCCUCGGAGAGUGCAGUGAAGACGAACUACCUUACGGAUGGGAGAGAGUGACCGACGAAAGAUAUGGUUCUUACUAUGUUGACCAUAUCAAUAGGAGGACACAGUAUGAGAAUCCAGUUCUGCAAGCCAGGAGACUACGAGCAGAAAAGCUUGCAGCAGAGAAUAGUGCGAACAACCAAGUCAACGGAUCAUCGUCCACUAGUGAACUUCGAGGAGAACGGUUUACUCUCACGCUGACCAAAGGACCACAGGGUCUCGGUUUCACCCUCAUCGGCGCGGAAGGCAUACCAGAGGCGGAGGGCUACUUGCAGAUCAGGAGUAUCGUUCCACAUAGUCCUGCUUGGAUUGAUGGUGCGCUGCAGCCGGGCGACGUGCUGGUGGGGGUGGGCGGGUGCGCGGUGCGGGGGCUGUCGCACGCGCAGGUCGCGCAGACGUUCCAGUCCAUCGCGCCCGGCACUGACGUCACACUGCACGUCGUCAGAGGUCACCACUCAUUACAGUUAUUCGGUAUCGGAUAUCCACUGUCGUUUGAUUCCGAAGACCCCAACACUCGCGUGUUGAGUACACUAGCAGUGGAAGCUAAUGCCCCGCCUACGGCCGACGCGGUGGCGAUGCAACAACUAACCAGAGCCUUGAGGACCAGAUUCAACUUGGAGUCUCCGAAGCAUGAAGCGAGCCCCGCGCUAGAUGAACCCGACGGCCCCUACAUGGAGCCCUCCGCAAGAUGCUCCUCCGCCGACAUCCUCGCCUUAGGGGAGCAUCAUUCGCGGGACCCCAGCGUGAACAAUAAUGAGCAGGGUCGAGAACUGGUGCUCACUCUCAGGAGGGGGGCCGCUGGGUUCGGAUUCACUAUAGCGGACAGCGUCCACGGACAGAAAGUUAAGAAGGUGUUAGACAGAAGCAGAUGUGCUGGGCUACGUGAAGGUGAUCUCCUGUUGCAGAUCGGUGAUACGGAUGUUAGACAUUCACCUCAUCAACAUGUCGUACAGGUGCUGAAGGAGUGCCCGUCGCUGCAGUCGACGCAGCUGCGCGUGUGGCGCCGCCCCGCGCGCCCGCCGCGCGCCCGCUCCGCCUCGCGCGCGCACCACGCCCACGCGCACGCACUCGACCACGCUGCUCCCACCAGUAACCAAAUGGGCAGAAGCAAAACCCCCACUGCGGAACAGCUGCGUUCCUCAUCACUACACGCGCAGGAACACAUGCACGAUUUGCACAACGGAAUGAACUCUGAAGUGACGUACGCAGUGCCCGAGCACAAGGGGCGCGAUCGCGAGUCGCUGAUCGACCGGCGCAGGCGCAGCAGCACCCCCGGCGGCCGCCUCACGCUGCCCGCCGUCACGCCCUGGGUGGACGUGCCCGCACAGGGCCACGCCCACUGGCCCGACGGGGACGGCUGGGUGGACAACUCCAACGUCAGGAAUUGGGCCGAGAGUGCGCACAACUGGGACCAGGGGGCGAACGGCAACUGGGACGCCAACCAGGACAGGUGGGCCAACGGCAACUGGGGGGAAGUGCCCACGCCCACUGUACACGUCGACAUGAACGCCGCCUACUGGAGGGGGAAUGCUAGUGUCGCCGACAGCAGCGAUAACGGAGGUUUCCCAGAAGACGGUAUGCUCCAUUCCCCCACCACUGCAGCUGUAGGUGGACUCGCGCAUCGACAGUCUCCGUCCACUAGUCGAAUGGGACCACAUUCACCUUCAAAUUCGACAGAUCGUCUACGCAGCCAUUCGCCUUCGACUAAUAGUGCCACAGAUCGGCUGUUAGGCAAUUCACCAUCAGGAAGACUUCAGAGCCAAUCACCAUCUAAUAACUCCUCCACGAGUCGAGUCAAGGGAUCACCGCUCAGAUUGCGUGAUUCAUCACCGCCCAGACACAUGGAGUCGCCGGGGUCGAGGCGGUCGCCGUGCUACCAGGACGGCGUGCAACCACAGAACACUGUAUACGUCGCCAACUACCCACAGGUGGAGGCGGGCGGCGGGCGCGCGGACCCGGAGGCGGACGUGACGGUGCGCCUGGCGCGGGGCGGGGCCGGCUUCGGGUUCCGCAUCGUGGGCGGCACCGAGGACGGCAGCCGCGUCGCCGUCGGGCACGUCGUGCCGGGCGGUCCGGCGGACGGUCUGCUGCGGCCCGGGGACCUGCUGACGUCCGUGGACGGCGUGCCGCUGGCGGGCGCCACGCACGCGCGCGCCGUGCACUACGUGUGCCAGGCCGCCGCCAGGGGGCACGUGACACUCGGCGUCCGGCACAAUCGAGCCGAUAUCCAACCUCUAGGUUUGCCCACGAUGAGCGCUCCGCAUCCACACCAAACGUUAUUAGCUGGUGAACCGUCAGUGCAUCACAUGCCGCCCGCCUCAUACAACAUACUACACCCGGCGCCGAUGUAUCCUCCCGCGCCUCAUCUACCCAUAUGGAAUAAAAUAGAGAAAUGGGUUGUGCGUCAUUUAAAUGUGGAUCGGUGGGAGUUAACGACUGAAGAUGCAGCCGCGACCAAUGGAAUAGUUUCAAAGAUUGGACAUUUUGAAAUCAAUAUAUCAAUAUUAGAGCAAUAUGUCGUAAGGUACGGCGGCGUCCAGUACGAGGGGGCCGGGGGCGGGGGCGGGUGGGGCGUGGCGCCGUACGACGUGACGGUGACGCGCGCGGAGGGGGAGGGCUUCGGGUUCGUGGUCAUCUCCUCCACCAACAAGGCCACCAGCACUAUCGGUGAGAUAUUAUUACAAUCGUAA